CUCCCCGCCGCUCCAGAGGGGGUUCGCAGAGCUGAGGACGCGCGCCACGCCGCUCAAGGUCUCUCUCUCCGCGCGCUCGCCGGCCGGCAUCUGACGCGGGUGCCAGGGGCUCCGGGCACCUUGCAGUGGCCCUUCCCUCGGCCAGCCGGGACUCCGCAACCCAGUCGCCGCCGCCGCGGCGGCCACCGCCUGAGGGGACCCGCGGACAGGACGCCGGCAGGCGGAGGGGUGCGCGGCGCGCGCGCAGAGCGUCUCCCUCCGCUGCGCAGCGAGACCCGGGCCUCGCGGCCCCAGGAGCCCCCGGCUGCCUCGCCAGGUGCGCGGCACUGAAGUUCUCGCGGAAGGGAGUCCAACUCUUCGAGGUGAACUAUGACCACUUUACUCUUGGUGUUUGUGACUCUGAGGGUCAUUACAGCAGCCAGCGCAAUAGAAGCUUCAGACCCUGACAACUCGCUGAGUGUCGGCAUCCCCGAACCGUCCCCGCUGCGGGUCCUCCUGGGGAGCUCCCUCACCAUCCCCUGCUACUUCAUCGACCCCGUGCACCCCGUGACCACCGCCCCCUCCACCGCCCCCCUCUCCCCGAGAAUCAAGUGGAGCCGCAUUUCCAAGGAGAAGGAGGUAGUGUUGCUAGUGGCCACGGAAGGGCAGGUGCGGGUUAACAGUGCCUACCAAGACAAGGUCUCGCUGCCCAACUAUCCGGCCAUCCCCAGCGACGCCACCUUGGAAAUCCAGAACCUGCGUUCCAAUGACUCUGGGAUGUACCGCUGUGAGGUUAUGCACGGCAUUGAGGACAGCGAGGCUACCCUGGAGGUCGUGGUGAAAGGCAUCGUGUUCCAUUACAGAGCUAUCUCCACACGCUACACGCUGGACUUUGACAGGGCACAGCGGGCCUGCCUGCAGAACAGUGCCAUCAUCGCCACACCCGAACAGCUGCAGGCUGCCUACGAGGACGGCUUCCACCAGUGCGACGCCGGCUGGCUGGCUGACCAGACUGUCAGGUACCCCAUCCACACUCCGAGGGAAGGCUGUUAUGGGGACAAGGAUGAGUUUCCGGGCGUGAGGACAUACGGCAUCCGAGACACCAAUGAGACCUAUGAUGUGUACUGCUUCGCUGAAGACAUGGAAGGCGAGGUCUUCUAUGCGACAUCUCCGGAGAAGUUCACCUUCCAGGAGGCAGCCAAUGAGUGUCGGCGGCUGGGCGCCCGGCUGGCCACCACGGGCCAGCUCUACCUGGCCUGGCAGAGCGGCAUGGACAUGUGCAGUGCUGGCUGCUGCUUGGUCAAUAUCUCGUGCUAUGAUGAUGUUGUGUUCUUUUGCAACAUGGAAAGGCCUCCUAGAAUGAGUGCGCGCAGAGUUGAAGCCGCCCGCAAAGGGUCCGGCAAGGUGCCGAGGCACCGUGAGUUUUCCUCCCCUGGUGGGGGAAGCCGGUGGAUCCGAUGCCCGUCUCCCUCAAGCCAGCCCCAGGCUGAGCCCCUAAAGCCGGUCUUUCCCCCUGCCCCAGGUGAAGACUUUGUGGACAUCCCAGAAAACUUCUUCGGGGUGGGUGGUGAGGAGGACAUCACCAUCCAGACAGUGACCUGGCCUGAUGUGGAGCUGCCUCUGCCCCGAAACAUCACCGAGGGUGAAGCCCGAGGCAACGUGAUCCUUACUGUGAAACCCAUCUUUGAAGUCUCCCCCACUAUCCCGGAGCCCGAGGAGCCCUUCACGUUUGUCCCCGAAGUAGGGGCCACUGCCUUCCCUGAGGCUGAGAACAGGACUGGAGAGGCCACCAGGCCCUGGGGUGUCCCCGAGGAGUCCACGCCUGGCCUGGCCUUCACCGCCUUCACCAGCGAGGACCAUGUGGUGCAGGUGACCGCAGUCCCAGGCGCCACCGAGGUUCCCGGGCGGCCACGAUUGCCAGGGGGGGUUGUGUUCCACUACCGGCCAGGCUCUGCCCGCUACGCCCUGACGUUUGCGGAGGCUCAGCAGGCUUGCCUGCGCACCGGGGCAGUGAUCGCCUCCCCGGAGCAGCUCCAGGCCGCCUAUGAAGCAGGCUACGAGCAGUGUGAUGCUGGCUGGCUGCAAGACCAGACUGUCAGAUACCCCAUCGUGAGCCCACGAACCCCAUGUGUGGGUGAUAAAGACAGCAGCCCGGGAGUCAGGACCUACGGCAUCCGGCCACCGUCCGAAACUUACGAUGUCUACUGCUACGUGGACAGGCUCGAGGGGGAGGUGUUCUUUGUCACACGCCCGGAGCAGUUCACCUUCGAGGAGGCCCUGGCAUUCUGUGAAUCCCACAACGCCACACUGGCCUCCACGGGCCAGCUCUACGCCGCCUGGAGCCGGGGCCUGGACAAGUGCUAUGCUGGCUGGCUGUCCGACGGCAGCCUCCGCUACCCCAUCGUCACCCCGAGGCCCUCCUGUGGCGGAGACAAGCCAGGCGUGAGAACGGUCUACCUCUACCCCAACCAGACAGGCCUCCCAGACCCACUGUCCCGGCAUCAUGCCUUCUGCUUCCGAGGUGUCUCAGCAGCGCCCUCUCCAGGAGGAGAAGAGGGUGGCACAGCCACGCCCUCUGUGGAGGACUGGAUCGCUACCCAAGUGGUGCCUGGUGUGGCUGCUGUCCCCUCGGGAGAGGAGACCACGACAAGCCCAGACUUCACCACUGAGCCAGAAAACCAGACGGAAUGGGAACUGGCCUACACCCCAGUGGGCACUUCCCCACCACCAGGGAUCCCUCCAACGUGGCCUCCCACCAGCGCAGCAACAGAGGAGAGCACAGAAGGCCCUUCUGGAACGGAAGUGCCCUCAGCCUCAGAGGAGCCGUCCCCCUCGGAGGAGCCAGCCCCCUCGGAGGAGCCCUUCCCCUGGGAGGAGCCAUCCACACUUGCCCCCCCAGUGCCCAGUGGGACUGAGCUGCCAGGCUCUGGGGAGGCAUCCGGGGUACCCGAAGUCAGUGGUGACUUCACAGGCAGUGGAGAAGUUUCAGGACAUCUGGACUCCAGUGGACAGCCCUCAGGGGAAAUUUCAAGUGGACUGCCCUCUGGAGAUCUUGACUCCAGUGGUCUCACCUCUGCAGUGGGCUCAGGCCUGCCUGUGGAAAGUGGACUGGCCUCCGGGGAUGAAGAUAGAAUUACAGGGCCCAGCAUUCCUAAAGUUGGAGGUGAGGGCCUGGAGACCUCUGCCUCUGGAGUAGGAGACCUCAGCGGGCUGCCUUCUGCAGAAGGUCCAGAAGUCUCUGCCUCUGGAGUAGGGGACCUCAGCGGACUACCUUCUGGAGAAGGUCCAGAAGUCUCUGCCUCUGGAGUAGAGGUCCUCAGCGGGCUGCCUUCUGCAGAAGGUCCAGAAGUCUCUGCCUCUGGAAUAGGGGACCUCAGUGGACUUCCUUCUGGAAGAGAAGGUCUAGAGACCUCUGCCUCUGGAGUAGGGGACCUCAGCGGGCUGCCUUCUGGAGUGGAGGGUCAUCAUCCAGAGACUUCUGCUUCUGGAGUAGGGGACCUCAGUGAAUUUUAUUCUGGAGGGGAGGGUCUGGAGACCUCUGCUUCUGGAGCUGAGGAACUCAGUGGGUUGCCUUCUGGAAAAGAAGACUUGAUUGGGUCAGCUUCCGGAGACUUGGACUUAGGCAGAAUACCUUCUGGAACUCUAGGAAGUGGGCAAGCUCCAGAAGCAAGUGGCCUUCCAUCUGGAUUUAGUGGUGAGUAUUCUGGGGUGGACCUUGCAAGUGGCCCAUCCUCUGGCCUACCUGACUUUAGUGGACUUCCCUCUGGAUUCCCAACCGUCUCCCUGGUGGAUACUACAUUGGUGGAAGUGGUCACGGCCACCACUGCAAGUGAACUGGAAGGGAGGGGGACUAUUGGCAUUAGUGGUGCCGGAGAAACAUCUGGGCUGCCCUUCAGCGAGUUGGACAUUAGUGGGGCAGUUAGCGGACUCCCGUCAGGAGCUGAACUCAGUGGCCAAGCCUCUGGGUCUCCUGACAUCAGUGGGGAAACAUCUGGAUUCUUUGGUGUCAGUGGACAGCCAUCAGGAUUUCCUGACAUCAGCGGGGGAACAUCUGGGCUUUUUGAAGUCAGUGGGCAGGCAUCAGGGUUUUCUGGGGAAACAUCUGCAGUGACUGAGCUCAGUGGACUGGUCUCCGGCCAGCCAGAUGUCAGUGGAGAAGCUUCUGGAGUUCUUUCUGGCAGUGGUCAACCAUUUGGCAUAACCGACCUGAGUGGGGAAACAUCUGGGGUCCCUGGUGUCAGUGGCGCGACCUCUGGAAUCCCUGACCUGGUUCCCAGUGCCGUGAGUGGCAGCGGUGCAUCUUCUGGCAUUACAUUUGUGGACACCAGUUUGGUCGAAGUGACCCCAACUACAUUUAAAGAAGAAGAAGGCUUGGGGUCUGUGGAACUCAGUGGACUCCCUUCAGGGGAGGCAGGUCUGUCAGGCACAUCUGGGAUCAUGGAUGUCAGUGGACAGUCUUCUGGAGCAGUUGACUCCGGUGGGUUUACCUCCCCGCCUCCAGAAUUCAGUGGCCUGCCAAGUGCAGUAGCUGAGGUCAGUGGAGAAUCCUCCGGGGCAGAGAUUGGGAGCAGCCUGCCCUCAGGAGCAUAUGACGGCAGUGGACUUGCUUCUGGUUUCCCCACUGUCUCUCUGGUAGACAGGACUUUGGUGGAAUCUGUAACCCAGGCCCCAACAGCCCAAGAAGCGGGAGAAGGGCCUUCGGGCAUUGUGGAACUCAGUGGUGCCCAUUCUGGAGCACCAGACGUGUCUGGAGACCAUUCGGGAUUUUUGGACCUGAGCGGGCCGCAGUCCGGGCUGGUGGAGCCCAGUGGGGAGCCAUCAAGUACUCCGUAUUUUAGUGGGGACUUUUCUGGCACUGUGGAUGUUAGUGGCGAUUCUUCUGCAGCCACGGGCACCAGUGGAGAGGCCUCAGGACUUCCAGAAGUCACUUUAAUCACUUCUGAGUUCGUGGAGGGUGUCACUGAACCAACGGUGUCCCAGGAACUUGCACAAAGACCCCCUGUGACACACACACCCCGGCUUUUCGAGUCCAGUGGAGAAGCCUCUGCGUCUGGGGAAAUUAGUGGAGCCACCCCCAUGUUCCCCGGGUCUGGGGUAGGAUCGGUCCCGGAAUCCAGCAGUGAGACACCUGCCUUUCCUGAGGCUGGACCGGGGGCGUCUGCUGCCCCUGAGGUGAGCGGAGGGGCUUCCGGGUCCCCUGAUGUAAGUGAAGCCACCUCCACCUUCCCUGACGCUGAUGUGGAGGGAGGCUCAGGCCUGGCGGUGAGCGGCAGCACCUCAGCCUUUCCGGAAGGCCCCGGGGAGGGCUCGGCCACCCCGGAAGCACAGGAGGAGCCAACCACCACCCACGAUGUGGGCACAGAGGCAUCGGGCUGGGCUUCGGCCACUCCAGUGGCUUCUGGAGACAGGACUGAAAUCGGCGGAGACCUGUCUGGUCACACGUCAGGGCUGGACAUGGUCAUCAGCACCAGCGUCCCAGAGUCUGAAUGGACCCAGCAGACCCAGCGCCCUGCAGAGGCACACCUAGAAAUCGAGUCCUCAAGCCCCUUGCACUCAGGAGAAGAGACCCAAACAGCCGAAACAGCCACCUUCCCCACAGAUGCUUCCAUCCCAACUCCUCCAGGAGGGACAGAUGAAUCCGCGGUAACCAUUGCAGCUCCUGCCAGGUCCUGUGCCAAGGAGCCCUGUGGCAGUGCAAUCUGCCAGGAGACAGAGGGACACAUCACAUGCCUGUACCCCCCUGGCCCCACCGGCAAGAACUGCAACAUAGACAUUGAUGAGUGCCUCUCAAGCCCUUGUCUGAAUGGAGCCACCUGCGUGGACGCCAUCGACUCUUUCACAUGCUUAUGCCUUCCCAGCUACCGAGGGGACCUGUGUGAGAUUGACCAAGAGCUGUGUGAGGAGGGCUGGACCAAGUUCCAGGGCCACUGUUACCGCUACUUCCCCGACCGCGAGAGCUGGGUGGAUGCGGAGAGCCGGUGUCGGGCACAGCAGUCACACCUGAGCAGCAUUGUCACCCCGGAGGAGCAGGAGUUUGUCAACAACAAUGCCCAAGACUACCAGUGGAUCGGCCUGAACGACAGGACCAUCGAAGGGGACUUCCGCUGGUCAGAUGGACACUCCUUGCAAUUUGAGAACUGGCGCCCCAACCAGCCGGACAACUUCUUCGUCAGCGGAGAAGACUGCGUGGUGAUGAUCUGGCACGAGAAGGGAGAGUGGAAUGACGUUCCCUGCAAUUACUACCUGCCCUUCACGUGUAAAAAGGGCACAGUGGCCUGUGGAGACCCCCCGGUGGUGGAGCACGCCAGGACCUUCGGGCAGAAGAAGGACCGGUACGAGAUCAAUUCCCUGGUUCGGUACCAGUGCACUGAGGGCUUUGUCCAGCGCCAUGUGCCCACCAUCCGGUGCCAGCCCAGCGGGCACUGGGAGGAGCCUCGGAUCACCUGCACAGACCCCUCCACGUACAAGCGCAGACUACAGAAGCGGAGCUCACGGCCCGCCCGGAGGAGCCGCCCCAGCACUGCCCACUGAAAGCAUCCCGGACGCGCCCAGGAUGCUGAGCCCAGGAGCCUCGCCAGGCUGACAUCCCACACGGAUGGGGUCCUCUUCUUGUCGCUUUCUGUCAUAUAAGGAAUUCCAUUAAAGAAGGAAAAAAACAAAUCCCACAUUGUGUAUGCACCCACCCAGCCCCCCCCACCCCCUCCCAAAUCGCCCGAACUGCAUCUGAUUUUCCCCCCAGUGCCAAAGCCAAGCAAACGUAUUGUAACCCGUGGACUGAGUUUAGAGACAUUUCUUCAAUCUCCCGUUGUGCCUUUCCAGGGACCAGCGCAGGGACAGGGGGAGAAGGGGAGGGGUUAAGUUAAAUAAAGAAGAUUAUUUUUUGUUUCCUGACUUUA